UAUUGGCUAAACCAUGACAGUACUUCACAUAUCUAAAGGGACAACCACUAGUGAAAUACCCCAGCUAUGAGGUUCAUCUUUGUCCUAAUAAAUAUAAUCGUAGGUUUUCCAACAUUUGUCUUGUCGGAAUCUUGGUCCUACCAAAAUCAGAAGGAAUGGCCGAAGCAGUUUAAGGCAUGUGGCUUGGAACAACAAUCACCCAUAGCCAUUAAUACAAAGGAGGCAAUACCCAAAAAACUGCCACCCAUAGCGUUCCACAACUAUCAUAACAACUAUGCGGGUACCUACUUUAACAAUGGCCAUAGCGUGGGUUUAAUUUUCGAACCCAGGGGCACAACUCCAGCCAUAUCUGGUGGCCCUCUUAAUCCCCUGGAUCAUUAUGUCUUGCACAGUCUACACUUCCAUUGGGGACCCAAUGAUACCGUGGGCUCCGAACACAUCAUUGAUGGCCGUCCAUAUUCCCUGGAAUUGCAUUUGGUACAUCGCAAUGCCAAGUAUGCCACACUGCAGGAGUCUUUCUUACAUCCAGAUGGCUUUGCCGUUGUAGCUCGCCUGUUUGAGGCUAAACCUGAUAAUUGGAAUGUUUUCCCCUUGCAUGUGUUCACAAACGCCUUGCCUUAUUUGCAAAAUGUAGACUCGGAAAUGAUUGUUUAUCAAUUCAAUUUAUUGGAUCUGGUCUAUGAUAUAGUGAAUGGUGGCAAUCAGGAGUUUUAUGCAUAUCGUGGCUCAUUGACCACACCACCAUGCUAUGAGGCUGUUGAUUGGCUGGUCUUUCCGAAACCUUUGCGGGUGCCUUCUGAGGAUGUUGCUCCAUUUCGUGCCAUACGAAAUGAGCGAGGUGAAAGUUUGAGGAACAAUUACCGGGACUUGCAAAAUAUUGGCAAACGUGUGGUAUACAUGCGAACUAUUUGAUUGUAUAGUUUGAGAGAAAUUUGUAUUGAAUAAAGAAAUUUUUAUGACUAAAUGAAUGUACCUCCUAUCCUAUGAUGGAGGAUAUAAAAAUUCAUGAAAGAGCCUAACACAA